AUGAUUCAAUGCGAGGACGCUCGUCUGGUCCUGGUGACGAAUACUCACGAAAGAAGAGCGAAGAAAAGCAACAUGGCGGCGAGUGGUGACGUGGACGAACUCUUCGAAAUAAGAAAUUCCUUUUACAUUGGAAAUUAUCAAUUCUGUGUGAAUGAAGCUCAGAAGUUGCACGUAAGCCUUGCAGCAUCUUAUGCAGUUUAGGGUAUUCAGUGGCCCGAGUGAAAUCGGUUACCACUCGUUGACGAUAAUGACGUCUGUGUCUAAUUUGUUUCUAGCCCUCUUCACGCGAGUUAGCCAUUGAAAAGGAUGUUUAUAUGUACAGGGCUUACACAGCACAGGUCAGUUAAUGCUCUUUCAAUGCAUAUGUUGUAGUUUUAAUAUUUUUUUAUCUGAGGCAAUUUUUAUUUUUUCUCUGUUUUUACAACUUCAUUAGCAUACAUUGCAAUACCCAAAAACAAAAGAAAAACAAAAAUUAUCUGAGAUAAAAAGUUAACUACAACAGUGGUUUCAUGCCUGUGCACUGCUUAUCUUACACUUUGACGAGUAAAAGUUUCACUUUAAGCCGAAAAAAAAAAUGGGGUAACGAUAGGUUGCUUAUCUGAAAUGUUGGACGAUUGUGUCUGUGUAUUUUUGUAUGAAGGCUAUCUUGUGAAGUAUAAAAUAUGUGUUUGUUUUUGGUGCAAAACUUGAGUCGGGUCGUGUGAUCAGCCGCGAUGGUAAAGGAGAAAUAUGAUCUUGAAGUUAGUCAGAAAUAGUUGUCAAAAUGGUAAUCUUUGCAAGCUGUCCUACAAAAAACACAAAAUAUAUAACCUGGAAAAAACUGAAUAGCUAAUAUAAUAAAUCUCCAAGUGUACCAUUCAAAGCAAAACAUAAAACACUCACUUCGAAAUUGUGUAAAAAUAUAAGUAAAUUUGCAUGUGUACUUUGAAACUUCUACAUGCAUCACAACUUUUUUUAAAUACAGUCAGCCACUUUCUAAGCAAAACACUAAAAAAAAAAAUAACCGUAGCUUUCUCCAAGAUUAUUUCAUCAUUAUCUGACAUUAUAAUUAAACGCAACUGCAGCAGAAGUCAAACAGAAGUGAAUAGCAAGACAAGUGCUUGUUUGUUUACUUUUUAGCAAUGACCAAUAGUUUUGUUUGCCGAGCCAAGCAGGGAAAUUGGCAUCUACAAUGGCUAAUUCAUUUCUUGUAAUUCUAGUCUAAAAGUAAUAUCAGAUAAAUAAUCGAGUUAUUCUGGCACACAGAGUCAGCGCUCAGUUGCAGUGGCUGAAUGUAUGCACACAGCAAAAUGUUAACUAACUCAACUAAGGUAUUUAAUGUUAUGUCCUUGUUUACUAAGUAAUACGAUCAAAUUCCAUGAAAUAGAAUUAAUUUACAUGAAUUUGUAUGUCAUAGGGCAAACACAGAGUUGUUCUAGAUGAGGUAUCAUCAACAUCUCCUCCAGAGGUACAGCCAGUGAGAAUGCUAGCUGAUUAUCACCAGAAUCCUAACAAAAGGUCUGUGUUCCCUUUAUUAUUAUGACCACUAUUUUUGUUUGAUGAUCAUGACAAAGAUACAAAAUAGCCCAUGUUCAACAUAUGAAAAUUCUAACAUGUCUCUGAGGCUCUAAGGACAAACUUGCAUGUUUGUUGUGACUCCAUUGUUUAACAAUUCCCAGGAGAGACUUGAGCACAAAGAAAACCAAACCAAAUACAGAAAUAUGACCUGGGGGCCUAGGAGUCAUGUUAGAAUUUUAAUAUCACAUGUUGGCCAUUGUACUUGUAGUACAGUGGAAUGCAUUAAUAUAUGUAUGACCUUCAUUGGCCUAUGUGAAACUUGUUGUAUAAGUAGGAUAGUAUCGACACAUAAUAAUGAGCUUUUCCUAAAUUAUGCAAUGAUAAGCACAAUUUUUUAAUCCUGAGUGCAGUAUCACACUUUCAGGCAUCACACCUGUCAUUUGGGGUACUCAAUUAUACCUAAUGCAGUGCUGGAAAUUACUGUAGGACAUCGGACAUUGUCCGAUCAAAAUUUCCAAAAUGUCUGACAAAUAUUGCAAUAUGUUCGGACAUAAUGUCCGAGAACUUAAUUGAUGGAUUGACUUAGCUCUUGUCAUAGAAACUUCUUAACCUCUGUGAGCUGAUUUCAGAAACAUUAAAAGGUAAAACAGGUUCAGAGCAGGUUCUUGAGAGGGCAAUUACCCAGAAGUAUUGCUUGGGUUUUCUUGCCAUGGACUAUCAAGUGAUUUGAGGCCAACUAGGAGAAAUCAUAACGCUUUCUUGAAUGAGUGACACCCUCGAACAAGUGUUCCAUUUGGGACAAAAAGUUAAUAAACACCGCCCCUGAAAAGGUACUGUGGCCUGUUAUAAUCAAAAUCAAAAGAUGUUAAUUUUGUCAGUUUGAUACGCAAAAUUUCAAACUGCCCUCGAAUAAGUGCCGCAUUUGAAGUGUUAGAAAUUGAAUAAGCAUUGUGGUCCUUAUUCGAGUAAAUAUGGUAUGCUAAUCAAUUACUGACCAAUUUUUUAAUAUGUCCUAUCAAAAUGAAAGUUUUAAAGGACGUACAUGUAUGUCCUUUUAAGUAAGAAAAACUAUUUCCAGCACUGUAAUGGCUUAAUGAUUAGCAUUUAUUUGAUCUGGCUCUACCACAUAUGAUCUCCAUAAAUCUUCAUUUCUUACAAUAUCUGAAUCUCAUGAUUCAUUACAGUCAGAUUUAUCUUGACAGACAGCUCUUUAAAACACACACCUCACUAGAUCAGACACCUAGAGUUGGUCGCUGCCUUUCUUUACUCCUGUUAGUUUACUUUUAAUAACACAGAUACAUAGUGACUCUCCCAAAGGUGUCCAUUGCAGAGAGAGUUAACUGAAGAUAUUUCCAGGCUCAAAACUUUCAAACCUUCUAUGUAAAGUUCCUGUGUUUAUAUUGCCUGGCAUUUUCUGAGAUGAUGUUUAUUCUAGCAGAUUACAUGUAUAUAUAGCAGUUGCCAUUAGCGACUGUCAUAUGUCAUUUUUCUUUGUUUUUACUACCGGCAUGUUUUUAAGGCAGUAGUUUGGCUGUACUCAGCAUGUAAAAAUACCAGUGCUGCACUAUAUAUCAAAACAACAAACAAACAACUGAACCACUGCACCACUUUUUGGGAUGAUGCUUAUACGUCCCAUUUUUUGUUGAUAUCAAUAACUGCGUCGAUGUCACCAAACAACUCCCAAAUUUGAGCAAUGCUAACUGGUUAUGAAUCUUUAGUGAGGGGAUUUUUAAAAGCCUGUCAUGGAGAAAUGAUAUAUUUUGAGUAGUUGUGAAAGGGUAUUAUUAUAUGACAUUGUGUGCACUUGCCAAGACCAAGCCAGUUGCCUGUUAGAUUUACAGUUGACUUCUCUUUGGUUGCCCAAUGAUGAUGAUUAUUUAAGGAACUGAAUUCUCACCUGCAAACCAGUAUGGGUACUCUAAAAGGUGGUUGAUGAUAAAAAUAAUAUAGCAGUCAUAAUUUUUAUGUACAGUACGGUUCAAAAAUAAGUUAUCAGUCUCAUCUCGUUUCUUAGCCUGUUCCAGGCGUUCAGAUAGUGGGGAGCGGUGCGAAGUAAAAAGGAGCGCGAAAAAAUAAAAGCGAGGGAGGAGGAGAGGUGAGAGAGGGAACGCCUGUUAGAUUUGUUUUAAAUAGACUCUUCCGCCCAGUCAGACCGCAGCUGUAGGUGGUCUUCACCUGUCAAUCAAGACUGGUGUUACAGCCCGAUGCAUUUAUUAUUUUUCUUGCGAAUAAAUCGAAUUUUGUCAGAUCAAAAAUUAAUAUUAUGUAUACAUAAUCUUACUAAAAACCCAAUGUAAGUCUUUCAGACAAUAGAAAACGGGAGAAGAAUUCAUGUAUAAUGAAUUUAUGUACGGCUUUAAAACAUGAUUUCAGCGUGUACGUGACAAAAAAAUUAUGAAUCAAGUGACAAACAAAUAUCGCUCAUUUCGAUAGAAAGCCGUUUCAAUACAGAUCGUUAACUCAAGCAAUGAAAAUGCACAACAAUUGAAGGGAAAAUUUACUAUUCGGUGAUUGAGUGGACCUCGUCAAUAGCGAUAGUUGCAACUUGCUUUCCAAACUUUCCUUUUUGAAGUCCUUUUGUCCAUUCAUUGGACAACCACGAUUUGGCACUUCAGUAAACAAUUUCACAGCUUCCACUUUUAACGGCUUCACCCACAUCUUCUCCCAUCAUUGCUGCCGCUACUCCGAUUUUGUUCAAAUAUUCCACUUGGUCUUCCAUGAUGGUAAUCAAUGGAGUUACAACAACAAUCGUAAAUGGCAUUCUAUCCUGCCGUCAUUCCAACGCACGCUUUAUUCGAGGAAAAAGCUGGAAAAUAAGAAUUUUUCCAAAGCCAGUCGGUGAGAAAUUGCUAAGACAUCUAUCCUACCGACUACGUGUUUUAAACAGUUUCUUUGCUCUUCGCUUUUAGCCCCCACAUUUGGAAAGUCACUCAGUGCUGUGUUUAUUGCGAGUUUGAAUUCUGCGUGACGGCACGUAGAGUCUGUCAUAACGGCCAUAUCGCAUUUCUCGCUGUGAUUGAAGAUGCUCCACUGUUGACAAAAACUGUCAAAAUCAACUAAUCAGAGGGUAUACCAGGAUCUGGUAUACCGGAACGCACUUUUGUUAAAAAUUCUUACAAGCGUUCCCGCACCUCUCUCCCCAGUCUCCCUCUACUUCUCAUCGCUUUCUUUACUCUGCACCGCUCUCCACUAUCUGAACGCUUGGAACAGGCUACUCGUUUCUUAUCUGGUAAGACAAGUGUUGUAUCUCUGGAGAUGAGUGUCUCAUCUUGCAAGUAUCACUGAAGCAGCAAUUUUGGAAUAAAUUACAAAAAAGACUUGAUACCACUACAUCUGACAAACCAAUUCGGAUUUUUUAGGUACAUUGAUCAGAAAAACUGUGCUAGUAGUGACUAUGGUACAGUUUUUGAGAACUGUAUUUAAACACCUCUAACCAUGAGGAUGUUUUAGUCCUCAGUGUCCAGGUUAUAGUGGUACCCGUAUUAAUAAUGAAGAUUUCAUUGAAACUUUCAUCUUUUGGACCUUGGAAAGUGUUCACAAUUUGCUGUACAGUCUGUAGGUGUCCAUAACUUAACGGUACAUCGAGAGCUAAGGCUGUCUUAUUUAUUACAUUGUACUUCUGUUGUUCAAUGUAGGGACUCCAUCCUGAAGUCUAUAGAAAAGAAAUUAAACUCCAGUGAUCUCAAUGACUAUGACUUAUUGAUGGCAGCCUCUAUCUACUUUAAUGAACAGGUUUGUGACAUUUUUUAUUUCCUUUUGCUUUUCUUUGCUUCUACAUUUACACUGUACCACUUCUCACAUGUACCUUGAAAAAAUAAUGUGUCUGGAAACAUAAAAGCUUUUUCACCACGUACAUGCAGUUGCAAUGAAUGUUUCAUCUUGUUUGAGGUGCUUCUGUAAACCUUCUACCAUCUGAUUGCUUUUUGUUGAAAACAGAAUUUUGAGUCUGCAUUAAGAUGUCUUCAUCAGUCUGAGUCUUUAGAGUGGUAAGCUACAUUUUUUUAUGUGUUUAUAUAUUCUGACAAUCAGUUAAGCCUGCCUGUUAGCACAUUAAUCAGUGAUAGCUACAGUAUUAAAUUAUAAAAACAACCGGCUAAAAAGCAAAGAAACAAUGUGUAGGUGUUUCAUUGGUAUGGUGCAUGAAUUGUUUGUAAUAAAUAUGUUACCAGACAGUUUGAGUCAAGAACCUUAGAUGCCAGUCCUGCUUUGCUUUUUGUCAAAACUAUUACUUGUAUUAUUGUUUUCAUAGCUCUGCUUUGUCUGUUCAAAUAUACAUCAGCAUGGACAGAAUAGAUCUUGCCAAGUGAGUAAAACAGUUAACUGUUAUUUUUUUAGCUGCAAGAUUACUAAGGCACCGUCCAUACAAAUCCGAUUACUUUUGAAACCGCAUAUUUUUUAAACCCAUCUCCAGAGUGGAUUUUUUUGGAUCUGACAGGUUUGGUGAAUUUGUGUGGACGACUGAAACGUCAACUUCGUCAUAAACUCAGGUCCAGUCAAUGAAAACUUUCAAGUUGAAAAUGGCAGGCAACAAUGUUCUGUUUGCGAAUUUUUUGGCUCUAAUCGCCAGUCAUAUUGCAUGCAUAGAGAUCAAUUUUGCUAUUUUGAUGCCAAAGAUUAGCCAUUUCAAAGACUCAUCCAGAUUGUGGAAUUUUUUAGUUUGAGACUAAGGUGUGUAAAACGUCUGCAUUCUGAACCUCGUCAAAGACCAUUUUGGGUUUGUCUAGAGUGAACAAGUGUACAGGCAGACCUGGCCGUUAAGCUUGAUAUAGGUACAACAACAUUAAAAAAUGAUGCAAAAUCACGUUGUGAGCUUGGAUUGCGCAUGCCUAUUAGCUAGCAAUUAGCAAAUAUAAAUCACACUGAGUAGGUUAUAGACCUUUCCUGCAUUUCUGUGAACAAAGGCGCCAACUCGAGGCUCGGGUGGACAAAAUACAGUGAUUUGUAUGAAAUUGUCCACCCGAGCCUUGUCCUCAUUUUUUUAUGUUUGCUUACUGGAGCGCAAUGCGGGAAAGGUCUGUUGGUGUGGAUGGGUGAAUCCAAACCAGAUGCAUCACACUAUAAAAUUCGAGUUGAUUACAAAAAUCCAGUACAGUGUAUGCGGUUUCAGCAUCUCCUGAUUCAUGUAGACGUGGCCUGCAUGUAAGCGCUUUUGAAUACAAUGGACCAGCACUUAGUACAAGCAGCCUUAUUUGAUACGAAAUUACGGUUAUUGUUAUUGAAUAAUUAACAAUUAAUGAAUGAGGGUGAGUAUCUUAUGAAGAAUUAUGGAGAUCGAGGAGGGUGUUAUCGGGCGGAUAACACCUUCCGAGAUCUCCCUAAUUCUUCAUAUGACACGAAAGCCGAAUUCAAUAAUGUUUUAUUAUUCAUUUGAAAUAAUUCCUAGUUUAAAGACAUGGCUAAAACAUGCAUACCUCCAUCGCUCCAUCAAUGUUAAGUUCAUCUUCGAUAGUGCACAUUUAGGGUUUUUUCGGCUUUACAACAACAACAACAGAAAUAUUCUCCAAACAGCAGAUGUCGCCCUGCGAGUUGUCCUCUUACUGUUCUUGCUAUGUUUUUAGCUAUUAUUUUGCCUAGUUCUUACUCUGCACACGGCUGAAAUGUCCGCCAUUUUUGUUCUCACAACCAAAACAACUCAACCUCAUCCCCAGGUCUUCUCGGUUAACGGUGCAUUAACCUGCCAAAAAGCUCUACUUUUGACGUCAUUGGUUCAUUACAUGCAAAAUUCUUCCAAAUUUGGUCAUCAGUAGCUGGUUAUGGUGAAUUAUAUCGCACUGCGGCGCUUAUUUGAGUAAAUAUAGCACUUUCUUUAAAAGGGUAGUAAUGUGCUUGUUGGGCUAAUUUCUGUUUUUUUUUUUUCUCUCUCUCUUGUUUUUUGUUUCAAAUUCUCUUUCAUUAGGAAAGAACUAAAAAGAAUGCAGGUUUGUUUUCAAAUUACUUUCAUUUCACUGUGAUUAAGUUUGCAGAAUACCGUCAGUAGAAUAAGGCAAUGAAAAUUUAUGUGAAUUAAAGUUUUCUUCACCUGACUGUAGGACCUAGAUGAUGAUGCUACACUGACGCAACUGUCCCUCGCAUGGUUUAAUCUUGCUGUGGUAAGAAAAUUUGAAAAUUUUUACCAGCAAUAACAUUUAAUUUUUGUUAUUCUCAAUUGUAGUGUUCCAUUUGUAAGUGACAUUUAUGCAAGCAGGGACCUCUUUUGCCUAUUGUAAGGGAAGCCUGUAAAAUUGAUUAAUUAGCAUGUGAUUCAGUAAGUGGGUUCAUGUAAGUAGAUAAAUAAAUGAUUAAUAAACAGAUGACUAUAUGUAUAAGCAUAAUUGAUAAACAAUUAAGGUAAUUCCCGUGUUUCACACUGCACAUCACCUCUUUCAAAUUGCAUUACAACAUUUAAGGUGGCAACUUUCAAGCCAUGCAUGCAGCUCAAUAAAAAAAACAAUUAGAAUAAGAAGCAGGUAGUGCAAAACCAAACAUGGCGACCCCGUCUUUUAAUCACAUUUUUCCCUUUUCAAGGGAAUUACCUCAAUGUCCUUUAAUGUUCAACUAUCAGUUGCCACAUUCACUGGCUAUACAGGCUAUACAGGCUAUACAGGAUAUACAGGCUAUACAUUCACUGGCUAUACAGGCUAUACAGGCUAUACAGGAUAUACAGGCCAUACAUAUACAGGCUAUACACUCACUGGCUAUACUGGCUAUACUGGCGGAUCCAGGGGAGGGUCCCCCUUAUUUUUAGACCAAACUGAAGCCUGAAGGGCUGAAAAAAUUUUUUUGAGACUGCCCCCCCUCUUAUCUCAGGGUUUGGAUGACCCCCCCCCCACCCCACCCCCUUGUCUGAAAGUCUGUAUAAUUUGUACAUGUAUGUACACUUUUAUAUUAAUCGUUUUUAUAGGGUGGAGAGAAAUAUCAGGAUGCAUACUAUAUUUUUCAAGAGCUUUCUGACAAAUACACACCCACUGUCAUGUUGCUCAAUGGUCAGGCUGUUGCAUAUAUGCACAUGGGAAAGUUUGAAGAUGCAGAGAGUGUGCUUCAGGAUGCUCUAGACAAAGUAAGUUUAAGUUAUAAUAGGUUGAUUUUGCAACAAAACGGGAACGUCAGUUGACGACGGCACGCGCAAAUUAAAAAACUGGCCUGGCCAAUGGCAGAGCGGCAAACUGGGAACCGGAAGUCGUGUUUAGUCCUUUCCGCGCGCUUUCCCGUCAUCAACUGACGUUCCCGUCCUGUUGCUAAAUCAGUCGAAUAAAUACUUUGUUGUACAAUGCAGGUGUACAAGGUGAAUCACAAAGAGUAAUGAAUCCUGAUUGAACUCUUUUGUAGUCAGGCAAAAUCUGAAGAUAUGUUAUUAUUCCUUUUCUUUUUUGCUUUGUAGGAUAGUAGUAAUCCUGAGACUCUCAUUAACAUGGUGGUAUUGUCACAGCACCUAGGAAAAGCCCCUGAGGUACAUAUCACAUUCUCCAUUUCAGUUUUGUAAUCUUUUGUACUUUACCUUGAACAGCUGGUUUCCUUAUGAAAAGACAUUUUGUUAUCGAAUCUUUGCUUAGCUUGCUAACUUUCCAAAUCGUUUUUGCAAAAUACAGUGGAACACCGUCAAUGCAACCACCGAUGGGCCGUAAAAUCCUGGUCGUAAUGGGGUGGUCGCAGUAACGUUGUCAUCAAAGUAAUAAAACGACUCAGUGAUUUUUACGUUUGGAUCGAAAGAAUAAUUAUGGUCGUAUAAACGGGUAGUCACAAGGCGGGGUUUCCUCUGUACCUUCUGUUUUAUCAUGAAAUUGGAUAACAAGAUGUUUAAGAUCAACAAAAAUCUACUUGACUUAACAAAAGCAACAUGUAAUGGUAUUGGCCAACUUUGGCUUAAGAUUAAGAAUGUGAAAAAAUGAUAGUUAUUGGCCUUGGCAGAGGAAACGCUGUCAGUACAUGAUCCAAAACCAACACCUCCAUCAAGCCGACUAAUUUUUAUUGACCACAAACCAAGAUCCUGUGAAUAAAAUCUUAACGGGUGGCAGUAAGAGGCCUUUUAGGAGCCAGUAGACCAUUGGUGACAGGCUUUUAGUGAAAACCCUGUUGCAUAACACAUUAAGUGACAAAAAAAAUACAACUACUUCUUUUACUAACUGAUUCGUAUCAUUAAAAACGACUGAAUUGCUCUCUGACUGCUCUUUCCCUUUUUUGACUCUUUCAGGUCACAACACGAUAUAUUUCACAGCUAAAAGAUGGCCAUCCAAAUCACCCUUUCACGAAAGAUUUUCAACGAAAGGUAAGGUUUUUUAAUACAUGUACUUAG